AAAUUGGCUUCGUAUCCCUCGUUUCUUCCUGAAUUAGAUAUACCAAACUUUCGCAUCUCGCAUACAUACAAUCCCCAACACAAAAUUGAUCUAAAGUAUAUGUUUUCUAGGUUAUUUUGGCCAAGAGCUUCCAAUUACUUCCGGAAUUCUUCAAGAAAGGGAAUACCUAAACUUUUUAGCGUGCCUCGCGCCAAAACAAAUGGAAAAUUCAGAAAGCCAGUCUUUGUUGGUGCAGGGAUCACAUUGAUGGCCUCUGUGGCCUUGGUAGAUUUUGAUCCUCUAAAAAAUGCUAGUGUCUCUUCAAAAAGAGCUUAUAGAGUAGUAUUAGCUGGUUUCCUUUGCUUUUCAGAUUACAAAAAGGUUCUGUCCAGUUCAUACGCUACGGAAGAAAAACGACAAAUAGCGCUCAGUCAAUGUCAUCAGCGGUGUGCAGAACGAUCUUUAAAGGUAUUUGAAGAAAAUGGAGGGAUUUUUAUCAAGGUCGGACAACACUUGUCUGCUAUGAACUACAUUAUUCCGAAGGAAUGGACUAGUACUAUGGUCAAGCUUCAGGAUCGAUGUCCUUCCACAUCCAUUGAAGAUGUUGAUCGUCUGUUUAAAAAAGAUACAGGAAGUAGCCUAAAUGAACUCUUUGAUGAGUUUAUUCCUGAGCCUCUGGGCGUGGCAAGCUUGGCACAGGUUCACAAGGGAAAACUCCGUAAUUCAGAAACAUGGGUUGCGGUCAAAAUUCAACAUCCCUCAGUAACCCAAAACUCACCACUUGAUUUAGUAAUGACUCGGUGGGUGUUUCGAGCAAUCAAAACUUUCUUUCCCGACUUUAAACUGACGUGGCUUGCCGAUGAAAUGGAGGUUUCGCUUCCUCAAGAGCUGGACUUUACCAGAGAAGCUAUAAACGCAAUCGAGACAGCAGAGCAUUUCGAUCAAAUUUCUACUUCUCUUUACGUUCCCAAAAUUAUCUGGUCAAAGCCUAGAAUUUUGGUGAUGGAAUAUGUUACUGGAGCCCGUAUAGACAAUACCGAAUUUUUUGACCGAAAUCACAUCUCAAAAGACCUUGUUUCUACCGAUUUAUGUCAUAUUUUUAAUGAAAUGAUUUUUGGAAAAGGUGGUCAUUUACAUUGUGACCCUCACGGUGGGAACGUGUUUAUUCGGAAUAAGCCUAAGGAGUCAAAGUCGCCGAGGAAUUUCGAAAUUGUAUUGCUUGAUCAUGGGUUAUAUCGAGAUAUUCCAAACAAAGUUCAAGUUGAUUACGCCAAUCUUUGGCUAAACAUUAUUGAUUUCAAUGAAGAAAAACUUAAGAUUUAUGCGCAAAAAGUAGCAAACGUAUCUGAAAAAAACUUUCCCUUGUUUGCAGCCGCCAUUACAGGACGACCUUACAAAAGCUUGAAGGAUUUACCCAUGAGCGGGAGAGAAAGAGAAGAAGAGCAAAAAAAAUUUAUGAAAGUUAUCCAAAGAGGCGGUAUGCUUCAAAGUAUUAUUAAUUUAUUAAGCAAUAUGCCUCGAUUAACCCUUCUCUUAAUGAAAACCAAUGACUUAGUCCGCUCAUUAGAUGAAAGUUUACAUACUCAAACUGGUUCUGAAAAAAUUUACUUAAUUAUGGCUAGGUAUUGCUUAAGUGCAAUUCACAGGGAUCGGAUGGAAUCGUUGUGGAAUUCUCAAUCCCUUUGGGUUACCAAAUUGCUAAAAUGUUCGCUUUACAAAAUUAAAUAUUCUUGGAGCAUGCUAAGGUUUUACCUAGCUGAAGACUAUUUUUAUUACAAGCAUAAAUACUUUUGUUGAAUGUCUUGUCAAUUAAGGCGUAUUGUUAAAUACAUAUACCCACCUAGCUCAGGAUAAUACUUUCGUUUAUGUCUCAUCUAAGUCUCUUGACACUUCACCUUUCUCUUUUUUAUAUAGUAAUAUCAUCAAUUAAUGUUUCAUUCUCGAG